AUGAGGUCAGUUCUGAUCAUCUCCCUCCUCAGCUGCUUCUUUGCAGUUUACAAUGCCAAAGUCUUCUCCAAGUGCGACCUGGCCCGCAAGCUGAAAGCCCACGGAAUGGAUGGCUUCCAUGGCUACAGCCUGGCGAACUGGGUCUGCAUGGCUCAGUAUGAGAGUAACUUCAACACCCGGGCUUUAAAUGGAAAGAACGCCAAUGGCAGUGCUGAUUAUGGGAUCUUCCAGCUGAACAACAAAUGGUGGUGCAAUGACAACAAGCACUCCUCAGCAAACGCUUGCAACAUCAUGUGCAGCAAAUUUCUGGAUGAUAACAUUGAUGAUGACAUCAUCUGUGCCAAGAGGGUUGUGAGAGAUCCUAACGGGAUGUCUGCUUGGGUGGCUUGGCAAAAUCACUGCAAAAGCAAGGAUUUGUCCAAAUACCUGGCCAGCUGUAAACUGUGA